CGGAAAAUUCGUUGUGUGUUUUUCGAUUUUUCUGCGUGAGUGAGCAUUGUUUGUGCUGCUGGGAUUGAAAAUUUCUGUUGUAAAAACUUGCUUAAAAAUCGAUGACAAAUAUAAAUAAAACUAAUAUAUGUUAAUAAUUUAAAGCAAAAGUGUCUUAUGAAAGUGAUCGUUUGUGAAUACGAAUUACGGAAAGUAUUUAUAGGUAACGGAAAGUUUUGUGUGGAAAGCAGAAGUUAUGGUUACAUGUGUGCGUGCAUUGGAUGGAAAAUAAUCAAGAGAGAGUGAACAACCGAAAAUUGGUGGAAAGAAUAGCAGUCGACAAAGGGAAGAAUCGCCAUCGCUACCGACGACGACGAUGAUUACGGUAGCACAAUAGCUGUAGUGUUAUAAUGGAAAUAUUUAUACAUAUUUAAUAAAUACGACGCAUAAUUAUAUCUAUGUGUGUACAAAUGAACAAAAAGCACUUGGCAAAACUUUAGCAUAGAAAACGAAAAAACAAUAUAAAGAAAAUGCUUGGUUAGGACGCGGCAGCAGAGAAAAUAGAAAAAAAGUAGAUAGCCGAACACGGAAAAGGGAUACAUAGGCGUUCACAUACACGCUCGCACCUCCGAUAAAUGAACAGAAUUCUACCAGUUACGGAUUUUUCAACUUUACUUAAUAUCUUGAUCGAAAAAUCCAAGUUAUUUAUAUAUCAGUGCACUACCUAAAUAGUAGGCCAUAGUCGUUAAUUUACUUAUAAAUUAAAGGCUAGGAUCACAGGUGGCGCAGACCAAAAAAAGGUGUUAAGUAUUAAUUGAGCCCUCGUUAAUACCAGCUUAUACUAUUCCACAAUGUGGAACUCCGAUUCGCGUUCACAGAACGGUGUUGCGACAACAUCAAUGGGUUCGCCCAUAUAUGGUAGUCACAAUUCUAGUAAUGGCAAUGGUAGAAAUGGCUCACCACAGCAGCAGCAACAACAGCCCGCCAAACAGUUGGGCAUGACAUCCGCCAUUAGUUUGGCUGAACCUCGAACCGAGGAUUUGCAGAAAACUGAUGAAUUACGCAAAGCUUUAGAACCAUUUAAAGUGUUCGAGAGUCAAGAUGAGCUUAAUCAUCGUAUGGAGAUUUUGGCUAAGCUUAAUACGCUUGUCAAACAAUGGGUUAAAGAUGUAUCAAUGGCAAAGAAUAUGCCCGAGGCAGCUGCCGAGAAACUCGGAGGGAAAAUUUACACUUUCGGUUCAUAUCGUUUGGGUGUACAUCAUAAGGGCGCUGAUAUUGAUGCACUCUGUGUCGCACCACGCAACAUUGAACGCACAGACUAUUUUACGUCGUUUUUUGAAUUACUAAAAAAACAAUCCGAAGUGACAGAAUGCCGUUCAGUUGAAGAAGCUUUUGUACCAGUCAUAAAAAUGAAUUUUGAUGGCAUUGAAAUUGAUUUGCUAUUUGCGCGCCUAUCACUGAAAGAGAUACCAGAUGAUUUUGAUUUACGUGACGAUAAUUUACUUAAGAAUUUAGAUCCACGUUCAGUACGCAGUUUGAAUGGCUGUCGUGUGACUGAUGAGAUAUUGGCGCUAGUGCCAAAUAUAGAGAAUUUUCGUUUAGCGCUGCGUUCAAUUAAGUUGUGGGCCAAAAAACACGGAAUUUAUUCCAAUUCUUUGGGCUACUUUGGUGGUGUGACGUGGGCUAUGCUAGUGGCGCGCACGUGCCAGCUCUAUCCUAAUGCAACGGCCUCUACGCUCGUGCAUAAAUUUUUCUUGGUAUUUUCACGUUGGAAGUGGCCAAAUCCCGUACUGCUCAAACAUCCCGACAAUGUUAAUUUAAGAUUUCCGGUUUGGGAUCCACGUGUUAACGCUUCGGAUCGUUACCAUUUAAUGCCCAUUAUAACACCGGCAUAUCCGCAGCAGAAUUCAACUUUCAAUGUGUCGGAAUCAACAAAGAAGGUUAUACUUAAUGAAUUUAAUCGAGGAAUGAUUACCACAGACGAGAUUAUGAUUGGUCGCGCUUCAUGGGAUCGACUCUUCGAAGCACCGAGCUUCUUUUACAAAUAUCGUCACUUUAUCGUGCUUUUGGUUACAUCGCAAACCGGUGACGAUCAGUUGGAGUGGUGUGGCUUAGUCGAAUCAAAGAUUCGUCUAUUGGUUGGUAAUCUAGAGCGUAAUCAACACAUUUCAUUAGCACAUGUAAAUCCUACAUGUUUUGAUUAUAAAAAAGGCGCUGCCGUCACACAAAAUAACAGCGGAAAUGAGGAGGAUAAAACACAGCCGAGCGGCAAUCCGCCAGUUUGUACAGCGCCAUUCUGUUCGAUGUGGUUCAUCGGUUUGGAAUUCGAACGCACAGAGAAUUUGAAUGUGGAUCUUACAGAGAGUAUUCAAAAUUUCACCGAACAUGUUAUACAGCAUGGGGUAAAUAUAAAAAUGCUGAAAGAUGGCAUGAACAUCGAGGCGCGGCACGUAAAGCGUAAAUCGCUUUCGCAGUAUUUGGAUACGGAUUUCUUAAAACGCGAACGCAAAUCCAUGGAACAACAUAAUAAUUUCAAUAACUCAAUUUUAGCCAAUCGUAAGCGUUUGUCGACCGAAUUGUCAACACAGAAAGAUGUUGCGACUAAAAAAGCGCGCUUGAGUGAGUCGCAAACAGAGGAGAACUCAAAUACGAGUGAUGGCGGUGUUACAACGCCGACCACGCAGCCUACCUCAGCGCCUAAUUUUACACCGGAGGCAAAGAGUACCAAUAAUGAUGGUUCUGACUCGAAUUCGCCUCGUAACAGUAAUGGCACCAAUAGCAACAGUGUCAGCAACCAGAAUCAGAGUAGUAAUAGUAACAGCAAUAGUAGCAGCAGCAGCAGCACACCGGCUGCACCUGCCGCAGCUACUGCGGAAGUGGCCUGCUCGUGA